GAAGCUUCUGCUUACUUUUAUGAUAGUGACGAUUCUGGUGAAACUGGAAUAGCUCCGCAGCAUCAAGGUGAAAUGGACUUGCUUGGGGAGAUUUUGGACACGCUGAGCACACACAGUUCAGAUCAAGGAAAGCUGUCGGGAGCAAAGAGCCUGGAUUUCUUUAGGUCAAUGGAUGACAUUGAUUACAAGACUGCGAACAAGUCCAAUGCACCUAGUGAGAGCAACCUUACCCUGCUCUGCAGCAGUGCUAAUGAUCAAGCAGAGUGGAACCUUGGUCAGGAUGACAGUGUCCUCCAUGGGAAGCAGCUCCCUCCAUCGCCAAGGAAGCAAGUUUCUUCUGGUGGCCAUAGAGAAUCUCUCUCAAGGCUGGAAGAAGAAGGUAGUGACAAAACCUUUAUUACUGACAAGAUGGACACCACUAGUAUGACAUCUCCAUCUCCAGUACGAUCACAUGCCCGGUUUGCUUCUCUAGAAAGUUUCAAUGCAGGCUAUUCUUCCUGUAAGUAUGCAAAGCAGAAUGAAACACUAAGCAAUACCUCAGAAGAUCAGCUCCAAGCAAGUCUUGCUCAACAUCCAUCCAUUCUAGUCCCUUGGGAGAAAGAUGGGAAGGAAGGAAAUGAAACUCCAGAAGAGGGUGGGCUUCUUCAAGAAGUGGUGUCAUUAUGUAAACUGAGUUCUGCUUUUCACUAUGGUUUAAAUAUUUCAAAGGAUAGCUUAUCCAGCAGCAGCAGUGGAAAUAAAACGUAAGAAAACUAUGAGAAGAGAAACUUGACUCCCAUCAGAAGUUAAAGGGAGGCUACUCAGGACUCCAUAUAA